GAGGCCUAUGUGAUGGCAGGUGUGGCCAGCCCCUACGUCUGCCGGCUGCUCGGGAUUUGUCUGACCUCCACAGUGCAGCUGGUCACUCAGCUGAUGCCGUACGGCUGCCUUCUCGACUAUGUCAGGGAGAACAAGGACCGCAUCGGCUCCCAGUUCCUCCUCAACUGGUGUGUCCAGAUCGCCAAGGGGAUGAGUUAUUUAGAGGAGGUCCGGCUGGUUCACAGAGAUUUGGCUGCCCGCAAUGUUCUGGUCAAAAACCCGAAUCAUGUGAAGAUCACUGAUUUUGGUCUGGCCCGUCUGCUCGAUAUAGACGAGACUGAAUAUCACGCUGAUGGAGGGAAGGUGCCAAUUAAAUGGAUGGCUUUGGAGUCUAUUCUGCACAGAAAGUUCACUCAUCAGAGUGACGUCUGGAGCUACGGUGUGACGGUCUGGGAGCUGAUGACGUUUGGUGCUAAACCCUACGACAUGAUCCCAGCCAGAGAAAUCCCAGAUGUUUUAGAAGGAGGAGAGCGACUUCCCCAGCCGCUCAUCUGCACCAUCGACGUCUACAUGAUUAUGGUCAAAUGUUGGAUGAUUGACCCAGACAGCAGGCCGAGGUUCAGAGAUCUGGUGAAUGAUUUUAGCACGAUGGCCAGAGAUCCACCUCGCUAUGUAGUCAUUCAGAACGACGAGCAGAUGAGCAUGUCCAGCCCAGUGGACAGCCAGUUCUUCCGAAUGCUUCUGGAGGAGGAAGGAAACAACAUGAGGGAGCUGCUGGAUGCUGAGGAGUAUCUGGUGCCUCAGCCAAACCUCUUCCCCAGGACUCAGGGAGACGGGGCCCAAGCCAACGGGCCAUCCAGACACCAGUCAUACAGGCAGAGCAGAGAUCAGGGCUUAAAUGUGGAGCCCUCUGUCGCCGGCGGCCCUCGCAGCAUGUACUCCUCCCUGAGCACUCUUGGCCGCAGCCAGUACCCUACCUUACCUUUAGGAGCCAGCACCUCCAACGGCAUAUGGAUUCCUCAGUACCCAACGCUGGCUCGCAGCACCUCGGCCGGGGGCCAGUCUGACUCUGUCUUCCUGGAUGGGCCUCCAGAUGACCCCACGCUGCCCCCGGCCAGCCCCGGACGCUACAGCAAAGACCCCACAUACUCCAACGGGAGCCAGGGCGACUUGGAGACAGAUGGGCCAAAUGGCUUCCAUCAUCCUCCUCUCCUUCAUCACUCACUGCCCAGACGGACUCAUGGGUAUAAUCAUAAUCAUCCCUUGCCAGAGUAUGUCAACCAGGAGAUUCAGGAUCUCAGGCCGGGGAUCCCAGACCGGCCCAGCACUUUGCCUCGUAAAGGCGCCAGAGUAGACCGGCGCCUCCCUAACGGCCUGAGCUCUGGUCACAGUGUGGAAAACCCGGGUUACUUGGUCCCCGUGGGUGCAGUGUCCGCCACCUCUCCAGCCUUUGAUAACCCGUACUACCUGGACCUCGUAGCCAAAGCUAACGCUGUACCCGAGGUUGCAGACAGUCCUGAGAUGAGAGACGGAGGAGUGCCCAAGCACGUGAAUGGGUUUGUAACCCCCACGGCAGAGAAUCCAGAGUAUCUGGGACUAGCGGACACCUGGAGUGGAUAUACUUGAGGAGAGGGAGUAAUGUGAUGAACUCAAGAGGAGUCACAGCUUGCGUUCUACUGAGUGAGUCGAGGAGCGAGAGAAAGGGAAGAUGAAUAGUUGUGUGACAGAAACGAGCUGGGUGUAUGAUUGAUUUUGGGAUAAGUGCGUAUAUACGGAGCUGAAUCUUCUCUCGAUAAGCACCUGAAUCCAAAGCGGUCGAGGUUUUCCAGCACCGCAUCACCCAGUUGUGACACACCAUGGCUCAACACAGUGUAGCAUUAAUCUGGUGUCUGUGGCAUCAUUUGUAUUCCUGUCUUCCUCUCAGCAAUCUGUGUGACUGUUAAGUGCCAAAAAAGAAGUUCACUCAGCCUUUGUAUAUAACUCUGUACUUGAUAAACAGAGGAGUUCACGUUUGUCAACAACCUGUCAUGGUACGAGAAGGGUCUCAUCAUCACAGGAUCCAACAUUUGAUCGGUUUAAUGAACGCUGAGGGUUUUUUUAAUGUUCAUUUAACAUGUUUUAAUGUCUGGUUGUUUCAACAACACGUGAAGUUUUUUUUUUUUUUUUUUUGUAUUUCCCUCAGUUCCUUCUCGAUAUGCUCCUCAGCCCAGCUAAAAAAGUGUAAAAGCAAAAAACACUUUGACAAAGUGAGCCAUGAUAUGCACUGAAGGUGGUGUUUAGUAUUCUGGUCACUUUGUCUCUGACCUGAUGGGGGUCUUCAACACACUCAAAGCCAUUUUGUUUUGGCCGGAGAAGGCCCUGCAGCCCAUCUGGCCAGUAAACAUGCUCCCUGAAAGAAAGGCAUCCUGUAUGGAGAAGACAGAGGCAUUGUGCCACACUGAUGUAUGUGGUUGUUAGUGUCUCGGCUGCAGCUACUUUGUGGUACGACAGAGGGGAUACGAGGUACUAGGCAAGACUUUUUAAGCUGAAAAAUCAUGUUUUUGUCGUAGAGACAAAGUGUACUUGUCACCAAGUUAGAGCCGACUUUUCAGGGAUUUAUGAUUUUGCAUAUAAUUUGGGAAAAAUAUGCACAUUUUGAAUUAUGCACCAUGCACUACAUGUUACUGCAUACGUCCCCCAUGCUUGUGUUAUCACAAUGAGCCUUUUGGUUUUGGUGGCCUUUCACUGUGUAAGAAAGCAUUACAAGCUAUAAGUGAGUAUAUUCCACAACAAGUGAAGAA